AUGUGGGGUAUAUUCGAUUCAGAAGUUAAUGACCAAUUGACCCACCUACCUACCAUAGUACCAUGUUGCAAAUGUGCUGAUAUUCGGAGUUCAAUCCCACAACCAAGAUUUACAAGUUAUGUUCCAUUGUCGUUGCUGUUGGCCAACCUUGUGGAUGUGGUCUCUAGUUCAAGAGGUUCUAACUGGAAUCCUCAGCCUUCAACCACGGCAGCCUGCUCUAGUUCGAGGCAUGUUAGUGCCUCUUUGUCUCUGUCCGUGAUUCAGCCUGAGGCAGCCUUCGUGAUUGAUUUAAACCGCACUCAUGAUGGAGAAGUAGGCGAUACUGAACCCUUCGGUGAUGUUACAAUUGUGAUGAUCGGUACUCCUAAUGUGGUACCGGAUUUCCGACAGGGUGGAGCACCGGAUGGUGUGGAAGAUGUAUUUCAGGAUGAGGAUGAUGAUGAUGUGGAGUCCACCACAAUCGCCGAUGAUAGCGAUGAUGAGUUAGCAAGGAGUACUCCAACUGGGGGUAGUGGAGCGAUUAGUUCAGGAACUCCGCACAGGGGGUACCUGGCGUGUCUAUCGGAUUUUGGGGCCUAUGACACACAUGAUACAGGAAGACUAGCCAAGUUCCAAGUUGGUCAGCAGUUUCAAGAUAAAGAGGAGGCCGUACAGAGUGUGAAGACUUAUAGCAUCCGACGUGGGGUCGAGUAUAAAGUAUUGGAAUCCGAUUAUCACAAGUACCAUGGAAGGUGUAAAGAAUUUGGCAACAGGUGCACACGGUUGAUUCGUAUUAGUCUCUGCCAGUGUAGAGGUAUUUCGGAGGUAAAACGAGCUGAUGUUGCCAUGUCGAUCAAGGUACUGCAGAAUGCGACAGAGGCCUAUUUUGGUUUUAGACUAACUUACAGGAGUGUUUGGAUGGCUAAGCAGAAGGUCAUGGCUCAGAUUUACAGAGACUUGGAAGAGUCAUAUAAUGAGUUGUCGCGAUGGGUGCUAGGUGUGUAG